AUGCUUCGGCUUCUCAUUCUUUCAACGUCACUUGUGGCAGUCGCCUGGGCGGCUGCUGCUGGAUGUGAAGACGCUGAUCCGAAAUGUACAGAGUGGGCAGCCACUGGAGAAUGCUCGACGAAUGCCGUUUGGAUGAUGGCCAAUUGCAGAAAAUCAUGUCAUUCGUGUCAGGGAGGAGAUCGUGCAUGGAAACUACGAACACAUAUUCAGACGACGUAUCAGAAUGCGACAGAUAACAAAACAAGAGUUGUUCGUGUUGAAAGUGUUCGAAUUAAUAAUGUAGAAAUAGACGAGAGAAGACAAAAUGUAAAAGUAUUCGGUCGUUUUGUACUCAGCUGGAACGACACAAUGGUCUCUUGGGAUAAGGAGCAGUGGGGUCUCAGUUGGUUAAACUUCUACUGGAUUCAAAUUUGGACUCCAAAUAUUGUUCAAAUCAAUGGAGGAUCUACUUCGAAUCCUGGACAAGUUACUUCGAAAGUUCUCGCAGCUAAUUAUACAGGACAGAUCUAUUUGUGGUCUGAUUUCUCAUUCACAACUCCAUUCAGAUUCCAAUAUGAAGAUUAUCCAAAUGAUCUCCAGAGAGUAUGCUACAAAUUCGACGACAAACGUCUUCUUGCCGUUCACUUCACAGUUGCUGAAGGAGUGAAAAACAAGGAAAGAGAAGCGACGACUGAUCCAUUUGUAUCUGGGUGGAAAAUUGAAGAUGUUGAAGUUGUUGAGUCUCCAUACACUGUCGAACAACUUUCGGAUCCUCGUCGUAAUCCAUUCGACGUUCAAGCUGAUAAUGGGGAAAUUUGUAUUUCAUUGAGAAGAAAUGCAGUCUAUUUCACUUCUGAAAUGUUGCUUCCAGCUCUAAUCACUUCUCUUUUCACUCUUUCUGCAGUAUUCUUCCAACUGUCAAAGACCCAACCAAUUCUUCUCGGAUUCUCGGUCGUUGCUCAGAUUCUUUCCUUGAUUCUGGUCUCACAGCGUCUUCCAUCAUUCACUGCACAUACUCCAACAAUCCUGAAAUUCGCUGGUUUCAACAUGGUAAUGACUGCAAUUCUCUUCGUCGUUUCCCUUGUUCUCGAACGAAUGGCAACUUCUCAAGUUGAAAUUCCACCACCACACGGAGUUUCUCAGUUCGCUGGACUCGUCAAUAAACUUCUCCCAAUUCCAAAGAGUUCGAAACACGAGGACACAAGUCUUCAAUACGCUGCAUUCGCUCAUGCUCUCAACCACGUCAUUUUUGCUUUAUCCACUGUUCUCUACUUUGUCGUUAUCUUGUUCUCGUUUGUUUUCUGA